UUUUGGUUCUUGUAUCCUUCCCAGAUGAAGAAGAAGAAGCAGAAAUCUGCCGUUGGAUCUACCGCCCCUGAUUCUGAUGCGGGUCUUGAUCUGAAGUCUCUGAUUCACCAGCAUUCGGUGUUCUUCGACAAGUUAAUCGAGCUCAUCCCUGCGAAAUUCUACCUGCCCAGUGAUGACAAGGACAAGCCGUGGUUUCAGGGUCUCAGCAAAGGCGCAAAAGCUUCGGCCAAGAAGGAAUCGAAGGAAAACAUAAAGAAAGCUCGAAGAGAGCGAUUAGACCCUGAGAGAUCUUCUAGAACAACCCUCGACUUAUUGAAGGAGAGCUUGGAGAAGGAAAAAUCGAGCAACGAGUCUAAGGAAGAAGAAGUAAUGGAACCUAGACCUACGCUGUCUGCUAUGGAAGGUGAAGAACGGUCGGCGACGUACGAAGAGCUCCGGCAACGGCUUCUUCGCAAAAUUCAAGAACUCCGAGGGAAUAGGAAUACUAGGAAUCCUGAUAGGCCAAAGCAAAGCGAGAAAAAGCAAGACAGACAACAGAAACGCAAGAGAGACUCUGCAUCGGAGGAAUAUAAGCCCACAAAUGGUGAUUCAUCAGAGAAGAUAGAGGAAGAUGCAUCGGAGGCGGCAAAGGAACUUGCCCUCACUUAUGUGAAGCUCGGGAAUGAUGGGGACAACAGGAAAAAGAAGAGGAAGGUUUCAAAGCUUAAGGAGCUGGAAAAGGCAAAAAGACUGGAAGAAGCAAAGAAGGACCCGGAUAAAGGGGAGAGGGUUUCAUGGAAAUCUGCAACUGGUAGGGCAGCAGGUCUUAGGAUUCAUGAUGAUCCCAAAUUGUUGAAAAAGAGCAUAAAGAAGGAGAAGAAGCAGCGCCAGAAGAAUGCUGGAAAAUGGAAGGAGAGGAUUGAAACCACGGAGAAAAUGAAAGCGCAGAAGCAGCAGAAAAGGUCGGAGAACAUUGCUGGGAGGGCUCAUGACAAAAAGAUGCGGCGGAUUGCUAAAAGAGAGAAGAAGCUUCUCCGACCAGGGUUUGAAGGUCGCAAGGAAGGUUACAUUAAUGAAGUUGGAAGUUAACUGCAUCUACAUUCUUUUUGCAAGUUCCUGAGCGACAGGUAGUGACCCUUUGCCUUUGGAUGGAGUUUGUUUAAUUUUAUAUUGAAAGGGUUUAUCAAGGAUUUUUGUUGUAGCCUUCUAGGCAGUCUUCCUACUGUUCCUUAAAAGUCGAGGAUAACGCUGAUAUGCUUUGAAUAUAUGUGGCUAUUUAAUGAUGGCAUCGAGCAGCUCAUGUAAUCCAAGAUAGGGCAUACUAUAUAGCCAGAAUCUGAUGGAGCUUUUUGAUUUGUUUUU